AUGUUGAUGAGCUGCCCUCAUCAUCAAUCUAAUGAGGUGUUGGUCCAUACCUUCAUUGAAAGAUUGGAGCCUAACACCAAGAUUCUACUUGAUUCAACUGCAGGUGGUCAGGCUUUGGAGAAGACAUAUGCUGAACUAUUCACCUUGCUGAACAGGAUCUCUCAGGGCAACCUUGAAUGGAAUAAGGGAGGAAUAAAACAUGUGAUUCAGAAAACGACAGGUAUGUUAGAGGUAGAUGUUGUGACUGCCUUAACUGUACAAAUUGCUACUAUGCAGAAUAUGAGGAACACUCACUUCAACAAUCUAGCAUUGGGACAACAACCCGCACAGGUAAAUGUUGUUCAACAAUCACCAUCUUGGUGUGAGAUAUACAGAGGUGGUGAUCAUAGUGUAGAGUUAGCUCCUAAGAAAAGAAACAUUGAUCCUGUGAAUAAAGAGAGUGAACCCAAGGAGGGAGAAAUUGUUGCACAAAAAGAAAGAGUGCAACCAAUUGUGAAACCACCUCCCCCAUUCCCUCAAAAGUUCAAGAAGCAGAAGAAGGAUGAAUGUUUUGGUAAGUUCCUCUCUCUUUUGAAACAAGUUCACAUUAACUUGCUAUUGGUAGAUGUUUUGCAGGGUAUACCCAGGUAUACGAAAUACGUGAAGGAGAUUGUGGCGAAUAAAAUGAGGCUGAUAGAGUAUGAGACUGUUGCACUUACUGAAGAGUGCAGCUCCAGAAUCCAAAAUAAAUUACCCACUAAAUUAAAAGAUCCGGGUAGCUUUACGGUUCAAAUCACUAUAGGGCAGAGCAUUUAUGCGCGAGGAUUGUGUGAUCUAGGAGCUAGUAUAAAUUUGAUGCCGACUUCUUUGCACAAAAAGCUGGGGUUGGGUAGUCCUAAACCUACUACCAUUAUCUUACAGUUGGCUGAUAGAUCUGUAGUUAGGCCUAAGGGUAUUGUAGAGGAUGUGCUAGUGCAAGUGGGAUCAUUGAUUUUCCAGUAG